AUGGAGAUAAGCAAGCAUCAUGCACGCAUAUUUUGUAUUGUACGGGCCAAGUACCAGGACGAACCACCCAUAUUUUAUGUUACCGAUACAGGCUCCACCCAUGGCACGUUCUUGCACAGAGAUGCCGAGGGAUACAUACCGUUGAAGCCCAUGGUACCUGCCAAGGUAUUUCUUAUACCCGAAGACGAGUUUUACCGUGUAUCUGAAGAGAAGCAUGCUAGCACGCCGUGGACACUACAGCAUCUAGACAUUUUGCGCUUCGGACUGCAUAAUGUGUUUGAAGUGCAUAUCCACGGGACCCCUUGGGGAAGCUGCCCGUCGUGCCAAAUAUCGAUGGAUGGAACGAACGAGAUCUCCGUUGCCGCGCAAGGGAAGAAGACGACGGAGACUCGGUCCGCUGCGCAAACGCAUGACAAGCCGCAUAUAUAUUCGCACAAGGAGGGGAAGCAGGCUAUGGAAAUGGACCGACGUCGCCGCCUGAAAGCAUUACGCCAAGUAUAUUUAAAGCCAGUGAGUAUUCAGGCGCUGGACAGCGAUACACAGUAUCGCGAUCGUGCUGCGGUGCGCCGUGCUAUGGAGCCAAACGACCCUGCACCAGUUACCACAGCGUCUUCCUCUGAUCCGUUUUCUUCCAGCGCAAAUGUCGGACGUGAACUGCUGGCCAAGAUGCGUCAAGAUGCACCGAGUGCAAGGAUGUAUGCACAGGCGCCCAUUGUACCGCACGUCACCACCACGCGCGGUGGUCUCGGCAGCGAAGCGCUGCUCACAGUUGAAGAGCACGCCGCCAAUGUUAGUGAUAAACAAGCCGGACGUUCAACGUACAAGCACUACCUUGAGAGAGGUCGAGCCAACACCAAACGCCGCUAUGGUACCUCAUAG